GCAAAUGUUGUAUUUAUCAUUUAUCUGUAAACAUUUAUGUAGAACAAAGAGACAUUAGCUGAAGUAAAACAACUAAUAUCUGAUAAAGAUUAUGAUGAACUUAAUACAAGAUUUAGCCAAAGAAUUGCGUUUGGAACUGCUGGUAAGAUGAACUACAUUUUCUUUACAAAGCUUGUCAUAAUGUUGGUUUUCCUGCAGGAAUCGACCCUACGGUCCCCGUACAGCGCUCUGUUCACUUCAGAUAUUAUCAGCCAUUUAGUGUUUCAGGUUGACUCACUGCAAGCUGCUGGCUACUAUUUCCAAUCCCGCCCAACUCCAACCAAUUAAUUUAUGCUUGGUCGUUAAGUUCAAAGUAGGAUCAACACUAUAAACCCAGAUGUCAGAUAUUUCAUGUAGUUUAUAAUCACGACAUGUAUUAUUUUUAGGUCUUCGGGCAAAAAUGGGAGCUGGCUUUUCAUUACUCAAUGAUUUGACUGUUAUCCAGGCUUCUCAGGUAUAUGCAAAUCAUAUUCCUAAUUAAGCCGGGUGCGUUGGGACAGUCACAAAUAUAGGAAAAUACAGCCUCCUCCACGGGCCCUCAUGGGAAGGUCACAACUUCUAGAGGGCCUGGAGAGUCUUGUAAACAAAUUGACGUCAUACACUCUUGCUUACGCCAUAGCAAGGCUGCAAAUUACUGUCGGACAUCGGACAAUGUCCGACUAAAUUUGGCAAAUGUCCGAGCAAAAGUAAUUUUGAUCGGACAUUGGUCCAAUCACAAAAAAAAUUGUCACAUACACUUUUUUGCUGUGACAAAAUCCGAUUGCAAAUUCAGUCGAUUUGCAUUUUGCAAUAAAAUUUACGAGGCAUUCUAGCAUUUUACUGAACGUUGCGCCAGAAUGGCUAUACAUACUUGUCUCGUGACUUAUAUAUAUCUUGUGACGUAUAUAUCUCCGAAGAAAAGUAGCGAUGUUGGUUUUUGUCCGACCAAAUUAAGUUAUGUCUGACCAAAAUUAAAAGUGAUCGGACAAAUGUCCUGUCAAGUCAAAUAUUUAUUUGCAGCCCUGCAUAGCCUACGUCAUGACCUACGUCGUAAAUUCUCAGCGCUUUGUAAGCAUAAAUAAGUUUUAAGCAAUUUUGAACGCUGAUGUUCUAUAUUUGAGAACCGGGCUCAGAACCCCAGAACCGAUGUCGAUGUUCUACAAUCAUGCAUGAGUAAAUAAGCAUUGUACUUAGAUCUCUAAUUGGGUACCUGUAAUAUGUGCAGGCAUUAUAUAUCAAUAUCAUAUGCUUAUGAUUUCAGGGAUUGUGUAGAUAUUUGGAGACCUUAUUUCAAAAUGUGAAAGAAAUGGGAGUUGUUAUUGGAUAUGAUGCAAGACAUAACAGUGAAAGGUGCAGUUCAAUUUUAAUUUUGCUUACUCGCUUAUUUUUACAUAUAAAUCUUUAUCGCACAGAUCACACUGGAAUAUACAGCUGAUUCAAUUAAGGUUGUCCUUCCAAAACCUUAAACCUUAAACUCUGAGCGCGGAAGGGAUGAUGGUUUUUUGCCUAUUAGCAGGGGUGUAUAUUCUUCAAUGAACUUUGAUUCUUCCCCCCCCCCCCUUCUUUUCAGAUUUGAUUCUUUUCCCCAUAUCUUUACUACAUCAGCCUCAAAGGCCUGUACCUAAUAGUAAUACUGUGACAUAGUAUAUUUGUCCCCUCCCCAAGAUAGAAUAAAAUACCUAAAUGAUAAAUUAGCUAGUUAUAAGUUAUUAUUUACAAAAUUUGCAAUCCUCAGUAAAGCUUUUCAUAUUUAUUUAAGUUACUUUCCAUUAGGAAAAAAAUAGAAAAAAUCAUUUUUGAAAGUGGAAACACUGAUUUUCACGAAUUACCCACGGAAAGUUUUCUCUUCUUUCCCCUCUGCCUUUCCAUUUUUUCUACUCUUCUUUGAUUUUCUUCCCUAGCCCUAAGACCCUUUGAUUCUUUUCCCCCCCCCAGGGGGGGGGGGAUUAUAGAAGAAUAUACACCCCUGCCUAUUAGGCCCUUAAACUCAGAAAAUUGCCUUUGCAGCGAGUAUAUUUUCUGUCGUGAGUCUUCUAUGUGUCUUAGGUAUUCUUGCAUGCAAAGCCAAAUUUCAAAGUUUAUGAGUCUAAAUAAACAAUAACCCAUCAUCCCUUGCGCGCUCAGAGUUUAAGGUUUAAGUUUUUGGAAUGACAACCUUAAUUGAAUUAACUGUAACAAUGUAGUACGGGUUGACAUCGGAGGGUAUUUCUUCCUUCACUCUUAUUUCUUCUUGAAGCUAACGUUCAGAUCCUAGACGCCUGCGCAUGAAGUAACAGCUGCCCCAGUCCUCUUGCUGUCAGCAAAUUUAUAUUUCCGUCGUUAAACAAAUAUAUUAUUAUUAUCGUUAAUUUUGUCUCAAAAUCUUAUGUUUUUAGAUUGCAUAAUAUGUUUAGUACUAAUUGAUUAAUGUCUUAUAUUCUAAUGUCUUGUAUUCUUAACAGGCUGGCUUGUCUAACUGGCGCAGUUUUCCUAAGUCAAGGAAUUAAAGUGAAAUUAUUUGGAAAGAUUGUUCCUACUCCUUUUGUGGUAAAUACGUUGUAAAUCACUGUGUUAGCGUUAAUUUACUGGGUGAAAAAUGUUUAUCUUUCUUCUAAUUCUCCCUUACAUUACGACUUGUAAAGAAAAAUUGGAAGACAAAAAAAACUUUUUCUCUUACUUAAUUAUCUACAGUGGCAAGAGGGUUACCCAGGCACCCUGGCCGGACCUGCCUCAUUUUUCUCCUAAAUUAUACCAUGGUUAAUAAAAUAGGCAUGGUUAUGGAACUUGGAGAAACACUGUCUGUCGGGCAAAUUGUAUUCAUUACCUAUGUUGCUUCAAGACGUUUGUGCAAAAGUAUGGCCAUUUUGCCUUCACGUGUUUAUUUUAGUUCCUCCCAAUCAACCAAUAGCAAUACCGAGUGAACCAUAAUGUCUCAUGUAAUGCAUGGGUAAUUACACCAAAAUAUUGAUAUUGAUAUUGAUAUCCAAAAAUACAAUACACCCGCGUGACGAUGCACCGACCAUGUUUUUACAUAAACGUGAACAAACAGAUAUUGAGUCACAUUGUGUCUUUUCGGGUUUCUUUAACCAUGUUUAUUCUCUUGACAUUGACGAGAGGGAGGAAGGUACGUAUGAGGCUGUUGGUGGAUAAGUGAUCAGAGCCUUGCGCUUCUCUGCACGAAAUAUCGAGCAUGUAUGCAUAAUAUUUAGGCGAGAGUUUGAAAAAUAAAAACUUGUGUAAUACAAUUUGGUCGGAGAAGUUCACAAAUUUUUGAAAAAUGAUUAUUUUGGUUGUUACUUAAUAGCAUUAAUAAUUUAAAAUUGGGAGAACAGAUAUUAAUAUAUUCCCUUGAAUGGUGUAUGGAUACUGAACAUCAAUUACUUUUAUUAUAAAGUCUCUUGAUAAUAUACUGAGUUUAAAAUUCAUUUAAUAGCCAUAUACAGUAAAGAAAUAUAAAUGUGCUGCUGGAGUUAUGAUUACGGCAUCCCAUAAUCCAAAGGAAUACAACGGUUAUAAGGUAAUAGCCAUUUUUUAUAUUUCUCUUGCUGAUGUUAAAGUGGAAGUCAAAUCCGUUCAUACGGAGGUCGCGCUGCACGAAGUACAUGGGAUAGAUAGCUAGCCAUCCCCUGGUUAGGGUGAGGGGGCAAUGCCCAUGCAGUUAUAGGGUCAGGGGAGUUAAGGAUUAUAAUCAGGGGUGCUUUGAAGGUCAGAUACUCACAAAUAAAAAAGUAUGCCUGUAUGAUGGUGUACAACUUGAUGUUCAUGGAUAACCGUAUGAUCCUUGCAUGUUUGUUUUAACAUCUUGAAAUAGUUUUACAAUCAGCUCUCACACCUAGUUCAUUACCUGAUUUAACAAUUAUUUUAUAUUAUCAUAUCAACCAUAGUGUUGCAUGGUAAAAAUGAGAUAAACAUAAUAAUUUGUAGUACAAUUGGCCGUAGGGUCCGUUCUAAUAAUUAUGAACAUACAGUAAUAAAUGUAUUAUUAAUUAUUGACAUUUGAAUACAUUGAAUUUACUCUUGAUUAAUACAUAGUUUUGUCGCACCUCAUCAGCAAGAUACUUCUUUGAUUGAGUUCCGUUCCUUCUUCUGUAGUUCUGUGUAAGCUUAAUAUUUCUUCUUUACCUUCUCAGUUUUACCUUUCAUGAUGUUGUUUGAAUACGUAAAUAGCUUAAGUUUGUCAAUGAUGCUAACUUUGUUUAUUUACCCUAUAAGUCUACAUUCAAUACUGAACAUUACAUUCGUAUUGCAGAAUGGAAUUUAAAUUGAGUCAUCUAACCUUUUUAAACAACAAAACCUGAACAUGAGCGAGUUUGACUGACACUUUAUUGAGCUUGGACAUAUAUGGUGAGAUUGUUUUUAUGCAAUUAUUUCAUUUUUCAUAUAUAGGUCUAUCUUGAUAAUGGAGCCCAAGUAAGUUUUUGCUUCUUUUAAAUUGACAGUGUUUUCAAUUUGCGAAUUGAGCUUUCUCUUGUUGUCAUGUAUAACGUCCGAUUUAUUACAGUUUGCCUGUUCCAAUAAUACUGUACAGUCAUGCAGGCAAAACUCUCAUAGGCUGAUGAAAUUGGACGUUAUGUCAGUGAUAGGUAUACUUGAACAUUGAGCUUGUUCAGAAACCACUAUAGCAGGCAACAAAUAUGAAUAUUGUUAUUGUACCACGAACAUACAGUUUGUCAAAGUAAGAGUAUAACCAAAUAAUAUUUCUGUCUUGAUUCAAAAAUUGCUUUUAUUCUUAAGCUAUACAUAUUUUAAAUUGGUGUCUUUCUUCAGCCUCCAGUUCAGUACAUGUGCAUGGAGAGCAUUUAAACAAAAGAAUCUCAUUAUUUGACCUAGCUCCAUCUGCCUUGGUGUCAAUUAAAGUCUUGUGGCAUUGCUUGAAACUCACCUGUAUAGAAUGUUCAAUUAAAUCAUUAUAAUUGCAUCUUACUGUUUUGCCCCAACCGAACAGUCCACUUCAGGAUGGUUUACACUGUCAACGUUUCUGUGAUCACAGUAGGAAUUUUGCAUUAUUAAAUUCUAUGUUUUGAAGGAUUUGUAUGAAAUAUUCCAGGGAAGUCAGUUUCCUGGAACAUUUCUUACAGAUCCUUCAAAACUUAAAAUUUACCUAUGCAAAAUUCCUAUACUGUGAUCACAGAAACUUUGAUAGCGUAAACCCACAGCCUGUUGUGAGAUACCGUGUUGCUUUUUCGUAGAUUAGGUCACCUCAUGAUAAACAUAUAUCCGACUGCAUAGAAAAUAAUCUAGAGCCAUGGAAGUCUUCGUGGAACACAGAAUUAGUAAAACAUAAUCCACACAGAACCGAUCCGCUAGACGAUGUAACGAAACUUUACUACGAGGAUGUACAACAACUCUGUCAUUACAGGUUUGUGUGAGCAGUUUAGUUUUCAUUCAACGUUCAAACCAUUGAAUAACUUCAACGUCGACCUGAGUCAAAAUAAUCAGUAUAAUAAUGCAUUUAAGGAGGCUCGCUACAGUUUCCCAUUAUGUAUCAUUGUUUUGAACUAAAAGCUCUUUAGAGAGAAUUCCAUCUUUUGGAGAGAAUUCAUGCAUAUCAUGAUUGACCAUGAGUUUAACUGCGAGAAUUCCAUCUUUUGCUUAAUUCUUUGAUUCCAUGUAUAUAAAAGAGUGAUUGAAUACGAAUGCAUUACUCUUGGUGUUACCAUAGAAACACAUGCAGCCUAUAUAUAAGCCAAAAAGCUAUCAUCGCGGGAAAAUUAAGGCCGGUGUCGGUGACGUACCAUAUUUUUUUGCCCAAAAUAGAUAUCUAUUAUCAAUGACAUUGUGUCAAAAUGUGCAUUUUGUCAGAAAGUUGUUUAAAUUUUAAUUUAAUAUCAUUUUAUGGGUUGAAUACGUCAAAUUUUCAGAUAUGGUCAGCAUGAAAGGUUGUCACAAGCAAUAGUUAAACGUAGAAUCCAAACGCCAAAAGGAUAUGAUAUUUUAUAGGGUGAAAUGUAUUAUAAAUCAUGUAUUGCCAAAACAAAAAGGAUGGUCAUAGGUUAUCUUAAGAGCUAAUAAUAUUAAAAUUUGGCAUGCAUGCCCAUCUUGCUAUUCGCGUCUGGAAUGUACAAUAUCGCUCAACGUAAUUUGGUUUAUUCUGUAACGUUUAGAUGUAAUAUUGGUGGAAUAAAUUUACCAUGCUAGACGUAAAAUUUUAAUAAUUUAGAGAAAUCAACUAUUGUAUGCAUUUUUUUGUAGAUCGUAUAUAAUCCCCUUUUUCGAGUUCAAUGGCUCAGGAUGAAGUGCAGAGGGUCUUUACGAUCUCUAUGAUUGAUUGACCAUGAUACGAUGCCAUAAUUGUCCCAACUAUAGUUCGUUCAUUUUAUUAGGGAUGUGAUGGCUUCAAGCAAACUCAAAAUAACCUACACACCAGUUCAUGGCGUUGGUUAUGAAUUCGCUAAAAUGGCUUUCACAGCUUUUGGUCUUCAUCCUUUUGUUCCCGUUAUUGAGCAGGUGAACGAUUAAUACAUACUUCUUCACUACAUAUAUUUUGAUGUGAAGCUGGAAGUAACGUCAUAAUUAAGCUAUUCAUUGGACAAAAACACUGAAUUGUGGAAUAAUAUUAUUUUACCCCAACAUUUUGACCAUGCAAUGGCUUCAUAAAGGCAGCUAAACACAAAAUAACGAAAAGAAAUGUAGAAAAUACCCAAGUGAUUGCGUGCAGUGAUUUCAUAUUGGAACAUCUUUUCACAAUUACCAGAUUGAAAUGUUUAAUUGUAGUUAUCCAAGGAACUAUAUCUUCAUUUUCAUAUAUGCUCAAGCGAAAUCGUUAUAAUUCAGUUUGGAUAAGUUUGGAUGGAUCCCAUGCUGUAAAAUACAAAUUUCGGGUGGGAAAAAUCUGUUUCGAACAGUGGUUAAUUAUUUUAAAAAUGUGAAUGAGAGUUUUGGAUGGUGUAACUGUUGUAGCACCAUUAAGACUUUAUCUGUUGAAUGCUUCACGCACAUUUGUUUAAAUUCAUAUCAGUCAUAUACUGCUUUUGAAAUUUUAGAUUGAACCUGAUCCCGAGUUUAGCACUGUGAAGUAUCCUAAUCCAGAAGAAGGCAAGAGUGUUCUGGUACUGAAUCUGUAACUUAUUUUUGCUUAUCUGUGAUUUAGUCAUUAUAAAAUCAGUUUUAAUUACCAUGAUAUAACAACAAAAGUGCAAAAGACCAUUUCAGAAGUUCAAAAGUAAUAUUUCAAAGCAACCAUUUCAAAAUUCAUUGUGUAUUUUAGCAUAUAAUCUGUACUUAAAAUACAUGCUUCCGUAAAGUACGUCACCUUGGCUAUAGAACCUCGUUUUCGUGAUUGAGACGUGGACUUUAAUUGAUAUAUGGUACACGAAAACGAGGCUCUAUUGCCAAAGUGACGUAAUUUCCGGAAAGGUGAACAUAUUAUCUUCUUUAAGGAUAUUCUUUAAACUAUACUAUGUUUGCAUUAAAAAAUGAGCUAAUGUUGUGUGAAAUUUUAUGUCAGCCCGUUUUCCUACCCAAGCAAACAAUUGCUGAAUCUAAACAAAGUGUUUUUACCCUGCCUCACAGGAUUUGGCAGUGAAAACGGCGAACGAGAAUGGCAGUACACUGAUUUUAGCAAACGAUCCAGACGCUGACCGUCUUGGUGCAGCUGAAAAACAAACAAAGUAAGUGGUUAAUGUAAUGUCAUGCUUACUCUUCCAAAAUUCCACACACAAUUUCAUGCUUGUAAUAAUGUGAAGUUUUUGAAAGAAUUACAUGCCGCAAGGUGUGGAGGGAAUUUUGUCGAAGAUAUGUGGAAUUUUGUGAAUUGAAAAUACGUAAGAGAUAUUUGCUGAAAUCUUGCAUAGCUAUGCAAUGCCAAAACGUCCGUGGACACUUAGCUGUAAACUAAAAUGUCACUCUCUAUAUUGUUAGCAUCUAGGGCCCCGUGCAAUGUUGGUUUUGAUUGUUUUGAUUUAUACGCUUUUUAACAUUGAAAGGUGGAGUUGUAAAUCGCUGUCUUCGCAAGGCCAGGGCAUAUGACAGCCUUCAUUUUUAUCAUACCAAUGCACUGCCCAAAAUAAUUGUUAACAGGACUGUGGAAACCAAGAUGUUGAUAUGAUGAUAAGAGUUAGAAGGCGUUCAACUUUUGCCACUCCUUGAUUUGUCAUGAAUGAUUUCAUCUUUUGAACUGUUAUUUUACUGUUUGUUUAUUUCAGUGGCUCGUGGAAAAUCUUGUCUGGUAACGAGAUUGGAACUUUACUUGGCUGGUGGCUCAUGGAGUGUCAUAAGAAAAAUCAUCCCAACGAUAUACCAGGUUUGAGUGAAAAAAGUUUUAAAGAAAUUUAACACAUAACUGUCUCUUUAAAGUUUCCAACAUUUAAAGGCUGGCACAGUUCAGCCUUUUGAACGAUGGUUUUUAAGGCGCAUUUCAGCCCUUUUAAUAGACAACUUGCAUGUUAGACAAAUUUUUGAUCUAGCCGAUCUAGGCAAAAAGAAAGUAAAUUCCCGUUAAGAACUUAUUAAAAUUAGUACACUUGCAAAAUUUGGUUGCGAAAUUCGGCUCAAAAAUGGUAACAAUUUCCGCUCGUAAUACAAAUAUACUGAAAAUAUGCAAACUUUGCAAGGCUAUAUUUUCCAAGCUUUACAACAUUUCGCAACCAAAUUUUGCACUUUUACUAAUUUCAAUAUGUUCUUUUUAGCUGUGGUGUCUGAUUCCCUUUUCUCUGCUUAGAUUAAAAUUUUGUCUAACAUGCAAGUUGUCCAUUGAAAAAACUAACUAGGAAAAUCAAUUAAGUAUAAUUCAAGAUCAGUAAACUCGAUGUUUUUAACAAUAAAAAUGUUUUAGAAUGUUAAAAACAUUGAGUUUGGUGAUCUUGAAUUAUGCUUAAUUGAUUUUCCUACUUAGUUUUUUCAAUUAAAAGAGCUGAAAUGCGCCUUAAAAACCAUCGUUCAACAGGCUGAACUGUGCCUUUAAGCCUGAAGUGAUUCAUGUGAUUUAGGUGCUUAAUUUUCUAAAUUUCUGGCCGGUGGUUCUUGUAAUCCUAUGGUUCAUUGCGGACUUUAGUGUAACACUAACCUCAUGUGCCAAUAAACAUUUAUUCAAUGUUUUCAGGUGAAAAAGUUAGCAUGGUUGCUACAACGGUGUCGUCACAGAUACUUAAAACAAUGGCACUAGCGGAGGGGUUCAAGUAUGACGUAUGUAUAAAUAGUAGCAAUUUUAAACAAUAUGGCUAUAGAAAUAUAGUAGUAUGUAGUGGUAGUAAACAAUUUUUAAGAUGGCAGCUAACAAUGAAAGGGUUGCAUCAUCAUGUUCCCGCCAUGAAUAUAUUCCUCUUGAUCAUGAUCAGAACAAUAACCCCAACCCUAUAAAUAUUUAUUAUUAUUCGUGCGCGAAAAAUGAAUUAUAACAAAAAAAGAUGAGGCUAAAAAUGGGAAUGUACGAGGACAAGCAUCCUUGACCCUGCGUAUCAAAAUAAGCAAAAUAACUGUCUGUAAAAACAACUUUAAUGUUUUCUGCAUAUAUGGAAAAAUUAGAGCUUUAUUUUACACUCGAAAUGGAUGUUUUCCAACAUCAUUAGUGUUGCAGAAAUUAUAAAUGUUUUCCAUUUAACGUGUUGUAAAAAGCUGGGGUUUUGGCUGCUAUUUCCAUAAAAUUCAGUUUUCAACGUCCUUGGCAUUAACGAUUUUGUGUGUCCACUAUAUUUAUCUUAUAGGAGACGUUGACUGGAUUUAAAUGGAUAGCAAACCGUGCUGUUGAUUUUCAGAAAGAAGGGAAAGUCGUUCUGUUUUCGUUUGAAGAGGCUAUCGGUGAGUUAUCUUUUUCCAUUGAACUAUCUUGUUUCCGACCAAACUUUUCUUCCAUUUUUUUGAACGUUCAAACUUUUUGUAGGAUUAAAAUUUCGGGCCUUCCUAAACAAAGCCUGAAAGCGACGUAACAAUUGCAAAAAAGAGAUGUGUGCAUAUUUAAACUUACUCGUUCCAGUUAUAAUUAUACUAUCAUGAUCACUAGCAGUUAAAAGGUUUAUAUGUACGUUUAGUACAGUUUGCCAACCAUUAAUCAAUUUUACUGACGGUUCUGUUCUUUCUUCAAGGUUUCAUGUGUGGUACAAACGUCCUAGACAAAGACGGAAUCAGCGCAUGCGUGGUACUAGCGGAACUGGCCUGUUACCUCGCGCAAGAUGGAGUGACUUUGACGCAGCAACUUGAAAAUGUAUUCAACAAGUACGUAUGGUUGUAUAUAAUAUUCAGGGGCCAGUUGUUCAAAGCUAGGUUAGCUUAACCCUAUGUUAACCUAAAAUUCAAAACAACCUUCCUGACAGAUCAAAAAAUCAAAUCAUUCGAAAUUGCGUUUCUUCGUGCUGACUGGACGUUCGACAAACUAUAAUUAGAUUUCUGGAGCCUGUAUUGUAAAAAACACAAAUUUUAGCCAAAAAAACCCUGAUUAUUCAAGCAUAUAGUACCAGAUCAUAAUUAUGGCAAAAUGAAGGUACCCAAAUACGAUCGGCGUAUCAUAUCUCGAAGCCCAGAUAUAUCCUUGUUCAAUCAAAUUCUAAUUCGGGUUUCCUCAAUCGCUAGGUAUGGUAUUCACGUGACCAGCAAUGGUUAUUACCUUUGUUAUGAUGUGAACAUGAUCAAAAAGAUUUUUAAUGAUAUCAGAACCAUGAACAAAGGCGAGGUAUGUUUUGUAAUAUGCAUAACUCUAGCAUAAUCCCACUUUCUUUUCAUUGUUUAGAAAAUUUCCAUUUUUCUCCAUGCCAUCCCGUUUUUCAUUACUAAACAAUUAUUGGUUGAGGCCGAGCUUGAUAUCAAGAAUUAUUCAGACCGAGAAGGGACAAGAAAGCCGAGACUGACGGCCUGUGGAGUGUGGACUCGAUAGAUAAAACAAAAACGUUUAAAGAAAAAAAAUAGUGUUUUGAAUACUUGUCGAAAAUGGAUUUGCAUUGUUUCGCGUAUUCGUACCCUGUUUGGUGCUGUCACACGGUCUUUCUCUUUAACAGUAACUUGGACUGUCUCUUUAAUUAAGGAGGUGAAUAUCAACUUUUAAAAUUUCGCAACCUUAUGGUACAAGCUGCCGAUCGCACUGUGGGGCUUGAGCUCUACAGUGUGCAAUAGUUCUUUUUGAACCGCAAUUCAGUCCAAAAAAAAACAAUUAUUGCACGCUGAUUGCGUGAGCAGCUAAAAUGAAGUAACAGCUAUCGGCUAUUGAAAAUUGCUCAAGACUAUAGUCUUGAAAACUUGAUGAAAUAAAGCGGAUACCAGAUCCAAUAAAAUUAAAUUGAGCACCCAGUCUUGGUAAAUUGAUACAACGUGAAGAGGAAGGACUAUAAUGUUUUGCAUAUAGUUGGUGGAAAUCAUAUUUUCUUAUUUACAUACUUCUUUAAUGCGAUAUAGAUGAAGUAUAAUGUAUUUAAUCUUUAGUACGCAAGGACGUGUGGAGAUUAUAAAAUCAUUGGUGUACGAGAUCUUACUACAGGAUAUGAUAACACGCAGCCGGAUAACAAAGCUGUAAGUAUUUCCAAACUUCGAUUCGUUCGCAACCUCUGGCUGUUUUGGCUUUGAAUGUUUACAUUGACGUGAUGUCAUGCAUUCAAUUACUUUCCAAACAGAACUCAAAUCUGAAAACGUAGAUACAGUAUAAUUUUAAAAUUCAUUUGUUACUGGGUUAACUUAAAAUGCGCGUAACCUUUAACUUAGAACUGCAAAGUAACUCUUUCAUCCUGACGACAUAUGUUGCUUAUUUCGUUGCUCCUAUGUGAUGGGAUCAAUAGACCUUUCCCCUUUUGAGUGAAAUUCUGAUCUAGACCAGUCUGGACUAAAAUUUCAUCACAGCUUGAAAGAGCAUCACAAAAUUAGUAAUAUUCCGAAGUUUCGUUGCGAAUUGUUGUAAAAUGCGGAUAAUAUGGCCUUGCGAAGUUUGCCGUUUUUCAGUCAUUUUACAGUACAAACAGGAAAUUGAUAAUCAGAUGAUUAAACUGAUUAUCAAUUUCCCGUUUGUAAUGCAAAAUGACUGAAAAACGGCAAACUUCGCAAGGCUAUAUUAUCUGCAUUUUACAACAUUUCGCAACGAAACUUCAGAAUAUACUAAUUUUGUGAUGCUCUUUCAAGCUGUGAUGAAAUUUUUGUCCAGGCAUAUCUACUGUAGAUCAAAAUUUCACUCAUAAGGGGAAAGGUCUAUUGGAAGAAGCAAAAUAUGCUUUCUCAUCAGCAUCAAUGUUCAUGAUCCUUAGAUUAUUUAAUUUGUUUGAUGGUAACAAAAUAUAAACCUUCACUAAUAAUUCAUUGUACUGUAUAAUUAUACAUGACGCCAAUUAUGAUGUCCUGCUUUAUUAAUAAAAGUGCAUAUGACAUGAAUAUGAUUAUUUUCUUGAAUGAAAGAACUCUUUAAGCUGUAGUGUAACUUAUUCUUCAUUUUCUUGAUUUUAUACUUUGUUCCCGUGAUAUUUCAAUUUGUUUGAUAUGUAAAUGAUGUGAAUCAUCUCCUGCGAACCAUAGGCGUUUGAGAGCUAUGUGUCGAGUAAAUAGAAGACAUACUCAUGAGCACAGGAUCUCGAAUGAUACUUUGAUGGAAAGACUCUCAUUGAAAUCAAUCGACACAUACAUCUGUAAACAACAACUACGCUGGGCUGGCCAUGAAGUUCGAAUGCCAUGGUCACGGUUACCAAGAAAGAUGUUAUCUUCAUGGGUACGAUCAAAGAGACACAGAGGAGCACCUCAAUACCCUUGUGGACAGAUUCAUAGAUACCAAUAAAUUGCACGAAAUAGCUCUUGACAAAGCAAAAUGGAGGGACAUGAUUGAAGAAUUGAAUUUAUGAUUUUCUUAAAAAACGUUUUUGCGCUGUGGGUUUUGUAGAGCAAUAACUCUACAAAGCGUAUUCCCUUGAUUGGGAAGGUAUGUGUAUGUAUGUAAUCGUAAUCGUAAUUACCCAUUGUUUUGCUUUCAUAGAUACUUCCUGUCAGUUCUUCCAGUGAGAUGAUCACAUUUUACUUCGACAAUGGUUGUACUGCCACACUCAGAACAAGUGGAACUGAGCCAAAGAUCAAAUACUAUUCAGAGUUGAUUGCUCAACCGAAUCAAGGGUGGGUAUAACCAUAGUAUAACUUUGGAUUUACGGAUUGUUGAGGCAUCAGCAUGUUGCAAUACUGUAUGUGAGCAUCGGUAGCUAUUUUUCAGCUUGAGUUGUCCCAUAGGGUUUGUGCCAUAACACGACAUAGAUUGGUGUAAAACAAACUAUAGAUAUCGAGGUGAUUCAACAUGUAAUCUUGGAAAGGUUUUGUUACAUUCGAAAAUUUCCAUCAACAAAACCCUUCUACAAUUAUAUCUAUCGAGUCAUUCGAGUGAGAUGCUCAACAUGUCUCUACAAACAGUACUUGACAAAAUUUACGUUUCCUAAUAUGCGCCAUAUACUGUACUGUAUUCUGCUUAACAUGAAUAUAAAUAUAUACAAUGACAAGUCCCAAACUAAUCAACGUAUUUAUUUGUAGAUAAUCCGAAAAAUAACUAAUCGUCACCAAUUAUAAUUAUUCUUCGAUAUCACAGAGUAUAAUUAUAUCUUAUACGAUCUAACGUCAAAGAAUUAGAAUUAACUCUGGUAGACUAAUCCUUAUAGAGUUUCAUAAUAUCUAUACUGACACCGAAAGAAUUAGAAAUAUAGAAAUAUCCGCCACUCGGACCGACUUGACCUCGUGGUUCAGUUGGUAGGACUUUGGACUAGCCAACCAAUGGUCGAGGGUUUUAUUCUCACCGUGGUCAAACAACUUUUCAGCUUGUCCGGCCGGUGUGGAGCCACUUAAUCAUCUAAUAUUGUUAACCCGCGAGUUCGUUUAAUUAUUUGCAAUCCCACAACGAAAUCCACUGAGUUGAAGUGUGUAGUAGAUGGAAAGUAUCGAGUGGAAAUUUAUGUGCAUUUAUUAGACCUAACCAGGAACAGCACGCUUCGUAGUCGUGCAAUUUUAUAAUCACUCGUUUAAUCCGAACCAAACUGCACUCCACUCAGUUCAAUUACCAUUGUUAAUCAAACUAUAGCUAUAUAUGUUCAUCCUUAUUUGCUAAAUCAAUAGAAAUGUGAUUUUUUUAUUCCAGAGUGAGUAAGGAGGUUUGUCAAACAACGAUAAAAGAUGUCGUCAAUUCUAUCGUUCGAGAGUUCCUAAAGCCUGAAGAAAACGGUUUGAUACCAAUGGCUGAUUAAUAUAACUACAGCAGCAGUAAGAAAGUCGUGUGUUGGCGUGAUUGAAUGAAAUUAUGUGCAAACGUUUGUGUGUUUGUAUGUUAAACUGUGGCAAGAAACAUGGAUAUUGUAUUGUAAAUUAGGAAGUUCAACUUGGGACUUGUGGUUUAGGUAACAUUAUUUGAACAUGGUGGUGAAUGGGUUAGAAAUAUCCGGUGACAGACCUUUUAGCAAUGGGUUAGAAAUAUCCAGCGCCCGACAUUUACACAGCAAUUAAUCAUGCACCAGAAUUGGUCGCAUACUAUCAGUGAAUAUCCAGUGGCAGACAUUUUAUAGGCUUUUUGCGAAUUUAGAUUACAUGACACGAUAUUCCAGCCCUUUUGCUGUUGCAAAUUCUAGUCCUCUAGCAUUGUUUUGGUUCAAUUUUAAUACUUGUGUGCUUAAAUAGAAAGACAUACCUGUUCCAAUUGGUUGAAACAAACCUCAAUAACAUAGGCCUUGUUCAAACGUCGAAUUUUUCACAUGUCAAACUAAUGAGCUCAAACAAUGUAUUUAAGGUGGCUACCUACAAUUUAAAAAUAGGAGAAAACCAUGAAUUAGAUCAAACGUUUUGAAGGAAUGUUACUUAUCUGAAAAAAUAUUGUACAACUUUUAUAAAGUAACAGUCUAAGAAUUCGAAAUUGGUCACUUUUGCCGUCACCACCGUUGCUAUGGUAACAAUGACGAUUCAAGAUGGCCGAUAUUUUGACUUUACUUAAGAUUUUAAGUUGGUUACCCCCAUUUUUUAUUUCAGAAAACAUUUUAUUACGCCUGGUUACCCCCAUUUUUUAUUUCAGAAAACAUUUUAUUAUAGUACGAUGAACUAUCUGACCAAGUUGAAAAAAUUCUGUAGAGCCAAAAAAUUUAUUUCGAAAAACCAUGUUUAUAACUUUUUUAAAGUUGGCUCUACAGAAUUUUUUUAAAAUUGGUCAGAUAGUUUAUUGUACGACAAGAAAAUGUUUCUUG